CAAGGAAUUCAACAACUUUACUUACACCAAAGUGAGGAGCUGUAGAAAAGAAAACGCCGCAGAAGGGCUUAAUCCUUAGGGGACGUGGGGAUGGACGAGGAGGGAGUGGUCAGGGGGUCAGUCCCCUCCCUCAACCAGCCUCUUCCCCGCCCCACCAUGAUGGGUAUUUAUAAGGCGGAAGGUUCCGGGUCCUGUGACUGAAGUCAGGUGGUGUGUGAGGACUAGAGAUAACUGUGGAAAGUUUCUCCGAGAAAGUUGAGCGCCUUAGAAGAAAGUUCUGCGUUUUCUUCGCGCGCUGUGCGCUCUGCGGCUGAACUGCGUGCCCUACUGCCUGAAUCGGGAAACAGGAGGUGCUGUUAGGACAGCCUGGGCAGGGUGCUCUAAGCGGCAAGGGGAUGGCUGGCGGGUCGUCUGGGGAGACCGGCCGGGGGGCGGCUGCAGGCACGGCAGUACCCGAGACCCAGGAGCACCUCUUCAAAGUGCUGGUCAUCGGCGAACUUGGGGUGGGCAAGACGAGCAUCAUCAAGAGAUACGUGCACCAGCUCUUUUCUCAGCACUACCGAGCCACCAUCGGGGUGGACUUCGCUCUCAAAGUCCUCAACUGGGACAGCAAGACCCUGGUCCGGCUGCAGCUCUGGGAUAUUGCAGGACAGGAACGGUUUGGUAAUAUGACAAGAGUAUACUACAAAGAAGCUGUAGGUGCAUUUGUGGUCUUUGAUAUCUCAAGAGGGUCUACUUUUGACGCAGUCCUCAAAUGGAAAAAUGAUUUGGACAGCAAGGUACAACUUCCAAAUGGCAUCCCAAUCCCUACAAUUCUCCUAGCCAAUAAAUGUGACCAGAAAAAGGAUAGUGGCCAUAGCCCUUCUCAGAUGGACCAAUUCUGCAAAGAAAAUGGCUUUACAGGAUGGUUUGAAACAUCUGCAAAGGUAAGAGCCUGAAUAUGAAGAUGUGUGGCUAUAAAAGAAUAAGACUGAUUCUAUUUCACCUUCAAAGAAAGAACU